GCGCGCUGCUCGGAAGGAGCGCUCAGGGGGGACUGGCGCCUCGCCGCCUGCGGAGAGGCGGCAGUGGCGGGGAGCGCCGCAUGCCGCGGCCGGGUCGCGCUGUGAGGGAAGGGGAUCGCUUUGCCCCAUCCCGGCGGUCCUGUCAGAAUUAGUCCUCCCUUAGAAUGAACGGAGCCGCCGCGGGGCGCAGGCGCGGGCGGCCUGAGCAUGCGCAGUAGGGGCGCCGCCGGCGCUGCCCUCCCGCGGUGGGCAGGGCGGGGCGAUGGCGGCCGCUGCUGCGGGGCUGGGGCUCCUGAGGCCGGCCGCGGCCGAUAACCCUGGCCGUGGCGCAAGGAAUGUAGUUAUCCGCUAAAUUCUGCUCCCUUCGGCCCUGUGCGGCACUGGGAGGUGGUUAUGCCCUCGAGGGGGUCCGGGGGAGGUGGUUCUUAGCGGCAGCGCGCCCCGCUGCGGACAGGUGAUGCGCGGUCCAUCUCUGCCAUCAGCGCAUCCUGCUGAGGUGGCGCCGUCAGCGCAUCCAUCCUGCUAGAGAGCCCUCCGGGCCCCCGGCACAGCUGUCGCAGCGGGCUGGGCUCUGUUUACCUUUUAUUGACUAUAAAGAGGAGCUGAUUGUCCCGAGAGCAGAGGCAGCACGCUGCAUCACCCUAGCAGGGUUCUGGCUCCUAAGGAUCUGUGCAAACAAAAGCCUCUUGUAUCCCUCAUUGUUCAUUCCCUCAAGAAUUCCGAUGGUUGUCAACUCGAUUCCCAUUUUUCCUCAAUUAUAGGCCAUUUGUAAGACCUCAAAAGGGAAUAAAUUUGCUUGCCCUUUGGUUCUGGAAUUGAGCCAUAGCUAAAAAACUAGGGCCUAUUUGAAAAUUUACAACCCGUCUUUCUUGUUGCUUGCCUUUAGAAAUACUUACACUUCAUCCGUCCUCAUUGACGAUGUACAAAUGAUGUAGAAAUGCUGAAAAUUGUAUUAUUGCACGUAUUUGUUAUAUACAAUUAUUGUUAACAAUAUAUAUAUUAUUGUUAUAUACAAUCCUCCUUUUUUAUUGUUCACCAUUGCUAGCUCACUGUUAAUAUGGAAAGCUGCUGUUUCUGCACAGGCCAGAAGGUCUUUCUGUCCAGAAUAAGUCUCAGUUAUAGCUGAGUAUAGAUUGGUCUUUGCAAAAUAUUUUAAACACAGAAGUAACAUUGAAUAAAAAAAAUGUUUAAUCAAGGAAUCAGUUGGGUAUUUGACUUACUUCAAAAUAUUAUUCCUAUUUUUCUCCAUGAUUUAAUGAAGUAGGGAAUGUCAUAAUCUUAUGCAUUAUCCAAACCAAUAGACAAAGUUAACUGACAGCAGAGGAGGAGUUAACACAGUCAAGAAAAAAAUCCCAGGAAAAUGCUCUUCACCAGUAUCAAACUGUACCUGAGGCUUACAUUUCAAACAUUGUAUUAUGUGCACUUUGAAGAGAAAAUUGUGGCCUUUUGUAUAUUUAGUUACUGAUAGAUUAUAAUAAUAAUGAAUUGUGGAUCUUACCUAAUUCCAAAAAAAAAACGCUUCUGGUUUGAUUGAUAGGUUUGGCUUGUCCAUGAUCUCUACUUAAGAGAUUUAAACAUUUAGCACUUUUUUUCACUAGUGGAUGAAUGUGUUUUUUUUAUUGAGCUUCGCGUGUAAAUGCAAUCUGAAGCUCAAGAUGCAUUGUAUAAUAUGUAAUUUAAUUAUGGAUGUAUUCAAUAUAAACCCAUAUCUUUACUUAAAACAUGCUAUUAUAAUAAGGUAUGCUAAAUUAACCUCUAAAGAUGCUCAAUAUUGCAUGCACGUUUUGAAAACCCACAUUUUAAUCACAUGCAAAAGUGACAGACUACAGAAGCCAUCAAAAACUGUCAUUUCUGCUACAGAAUUUGCAGUUAUUUUCAGCAGAAUUAGAAGUACAGUGUGUCAUUUCAAUUCCAUUUUUCCUGAAAAUUAAAAUUACAGUUCUUGAUCUUUUUUGGCUAAAGAAAUAAUUUGCAAAGUAACUUGAUGAAUUGGAGAAAUUUAAUUUUAAGAGAAAAUCCAGCUAGUUUUACCUCUUUUAAGUUACUGCUUUAUCUUAAUGUGUUCAUGUGUUUAUCAGGGAACAUGCACUUAAUAAUCACUGCUUGCAGAGUGGAAAUCUUCCACUUUGGGGAAUGCCUGCAGGAGUUACUGCUAUUUCCUUACUCCCUACUGAUGCCAUGCUAGGUUUUUUUUCCCAUGUUGAUUUUUUUUAUCACUUCUAAAGAACACAAAGCUUUAAAGUCUCUGUGUCACCUUUCAAUCUGAGAAUACUAUCCCAACAUUUAUUAUUGAUAAAUGUCAUUUUUGUGGAUUAAAUGUCUCAAAAUGUCCUGUGCUUUUUUUUUUUCUUGCUAAAAUGAUUGACUGAGUAUUAUUUUUCUUUGAAGUUCAGUUAUUUAUGAAAAACCUGUGAGACUCAGUUGCAUUGAAAUUUCCAGGCAGGAACUUGGAAUUCUCUUAGUGUUUUCAAUCUUAGGCAAUCAGUGACAAUCAACACAUUAAUGGACUAUAAAAGCACAGAACUUGUACUCAGUAUUUAUCGUUUAAUUACAUUUUAAACCACUCUUGUCUUUUUAGUCAGUAAUUAGAAGUGUCACCAGAUCCUACAGAUAUGUGUUCCACUCAUACUCAUCUUAUUGAAUGUUAAAAUAGAUGCAUAGUGUAGAGUGGUGUCCUUAAAACUUAUUAACAAGUCAUUAAUUUCUCUUCUUUUGAAGGGACAAGGAAUGAGAAUAGCAAAUCAUCUUAAUGGGUUCAAUAAUACAAUACUUUUAAUAUUAGAUCUUAGAAUGCUGAUCUUGACCUUUUCAAAACAUCUAUUAAUGCACCGUUUAAUUUUGUAUGGAAAAAACCUCCUGAAAGUUCUCUAGAGAAAUCUAUACAAUUACUUCAUCUCCACUAUGCUCAAUUCUUUCAUCCUAGGUACAUAAAGUGUUCUGUAAAAUACCAGCUCUUAGAUUUCCCUUUUUUAAAAUCCUGGUCCCUAGUAAGAGAUACUGUCCAAGCUGGGAGAAGGCCGUGUAAUACGUAUAAUAUUCCAUUGAAGAACAAUUUAUUUCUCAUAAGUUACCUGCUGUGAAGUACAAAGAUUUAUUUUUUUUUAAUUGGUGAGUGCUGUACCACAGCUGUGUUGUGCUUUCAGAUAAAAGCAAUAGAUUGUUUUACAAUUUGUUGUAAAUAAAGUACCAAAUCAGAGUUGAGUUUAGACUGGUUUUGCCAGCUACGUUGGAAGAGGAGAGAGCUCUUCCAUGCAUGUAUGUCUACCUGCACAGUGUUAGUUGUAAUUUCUGAAUGGCCUCUCCCUUGUGCUGGGAACAGUGUGAAGCCUCAGUCCCAUUCCAAGGGUUUGGUCCUGUUUAUUGUCAGGCAGACACAGCCGUAAGGGGCUUUUCCUGACAAAGUACGAGCUGAGCUAUGUGUGAUACUUAUGUGUGCUCAGUGCUUCCACAAAACAGAGUUCCCUAGGCUAUUUCAAAGUCACGCAUAUUUGUACGUAUAUUUUUAUCUCACUAUUAUAAAGUGAUCAGACAGUUUGAUGUCUUUGCCACUGUCUUUCUGGGCCCACAUUUGGGUGUUCAUGCUUCACUGUUAUUACACAUCCUCUCCCCUAGUUUGAUACUUUUCCUUGGUUAAAUACUUGCACAUCUUCCACCAUUCUCAACUUCAUUAGCAUAUUUAAACUUCUGUAACCAUUUUAUUUAUCAGUUGUAGCAGCUAAGGCUGUUUGGGCUGUUGGUUAAGCAAAAUCUUUUCAGCAAAAGUGUUUAUUAAUAUAUGUACAUUACGUGAGUACGUUCCCAUCAGUGCUUUGGCAGGAACUACAACAGAUUCUGCACAAACAAAAGUUCAUCUCUGCUCAAAGGUCACUUCACAGUUCUGUUUGCUUUACUGUUUCUGAUCUGGCGGAAUGGAUGUGUAAGUCAUUUCUAGGAGGUGUAUUGCAGUGGUUAUGAUUUUAGUGCAUGCCUGAAUGUUCUGAAAAUGUCUGGCCUGGAUGUUUUUGAUCUCCUUUAUGAGUUUAACUGUAUGCUGUGUUUAUAGUCUCCUAGUAUAGUAUUUAGGAUUCAACAUAUAUCCAGUUUAUUAAAUUCAUGUCUAAAGGUCAUUUGAACUUCCCAAAGGAAAAGUGUAGAAAAUCAAUUACACAUUUCAGUGUCUUCUACGUACAGAAUUAUAAGAACACUUAAGAAGGAUUGUUGAUGGUGCUAACUACAAGACAAUCAUAAAUAUGUUACAUCCUCCAUAUAUCUUUGGAAAGAGAGCAUUAGCAUUCGUGAAGUGAAAAAUUCCACUAGAAAUUCAGUGAGGUUUUGGCAGCUGUUUGCAUGGAAUCAAGGUCAGUUAAACACUUGUAGCUUUUUACAAAUGCUUAGAUACUAAGAGGAACGUGUGUAUAUCUCAUAUUUUGACUAUGGUCUUAUCAGAGUUCUCAGUGUGGUUACUUGGCAUCUGGGUCAAUGAGCUCGUUAUGUUCUAGACUGCUCUGUCACUUAUUGUCCUGGGAAAAGGACAGUGUUAAAUCUGUCAAAGGCCUGUAACUAAGUGAUCCCUAAUGGCCCUUCCAACCCAAACCACUCUGUGCUUCUAUGACAGAGGGGUCUUAUAAACAGCACAGCUAAUGAGGUCUGGGCCCUUAUUACUAGAUUUUGAGACAGAUCGUAAGAAUGCUCUUACACUCCGAGCUCUCAGGUGGUCCCUUAUUUCAUCCACCAUAAUGACCAAAAGUAGCUUACUAUGCCCAGCCUUCUGUUCAACUGCUGGCUGCUCUGUGGCUCUACACAGACUGGCCAUUGCUUGCCACUUGACUGUCAGGCAUACAGAAUGCCUGGCCCCUCAACCUGUACAGAGAGUUUUGAGAGGUACAUUUAUGUCCCCCACACAUGUGUUAUAUGGGGUUGACCUUAAUAAGUCUGAAGUUUGUGUCAGUUUUCACUGUAGCAGCCAACUGGCCUUGUGUUUCAGGUGUCUUACAAUAAAAAUAAGCCAGGGCAAGUGUUUACAUUUUAACUUUGGUGGAGUUUAGUUUUGGAAUUGUUUUCAGUUGUCUUUGUCAGCCAGUUGUUGGUUUGUUGAUUUUUGUUUUGUUUUUUUUUUUUCAGAAAAGCAGGCUAAUAGCUAAGGGGGCAUUUUCCAGCGUAAGACUGUAAAGGUCCAGUACGCGAGCAGGGAGGUUUUGUCAAGUGGUGAGAGAUUGGAUCACGUACAGCAGUACUUGUGUCAUGUUCCAGGACAGGCUGCAAGGCCAGUUGCUGAACAGCACACAGACAUGUCUUAAAAAGCAAAAGUAAGAGAUCCCAGUUCUAAUAAACCAUUUACUGGAGCUUGGUUCUUGGUAAUCCACAUGAAUACAGGCUGUGUAAUUAGAAUGCUGUGGGAGUUUAUGGAGCAAAUAAAAGGAGGGGUGUUCCCCAGCUGAGCUGUCCCUCUUUCCCGAGCUGCAGACCUCUUUAACAUAUAUCUGCACCCCCUACGUUUCUUACCCUUUUGUCAGAGUCAAUCAAAUAUUUAUAAAAACCCCUACUGUUAAUUAAUGUGGCUUUGUAAAAGAAUGCAUGAAAUAAUUAUAAAUGCCUUGUUUAACAUACCAAGUUUUAGCUGAAUUGUUAAGAGAGUUUGGAGGGCUCUAAAAUCAUCAACAGAUUCAGUGAAGUGGUACAUUAAUACCAAAAUUAUAAAGUAAGUCAGGAGUUGGCUACAAGACAGCUGGAAAUUGAAUUUAUUAAUAUGUAUUUUUUUAAUGGAGAGAAGGGUGAAUUAGGCUAAGUCAUUGCACAGUGUUCAUUAUUACAUUCCUUAAUCGUGAACAAAAAAAUUAAAGAUACACUGCUAAAUUUUGCUUUUAAGAAAAUAAUGAGACACUGCUAUUAGAGAUUAGGAUUAGGAUGCACUGGAUGACUUGGAAAUUGUUCUAGUGAGACAGUGAUGAGGUCUGAACCAUAAUGUUGUACAACAAAUCUUGUAUCAGUGAAAGAAAUUUAGGAUCAAACCAGAAUAAAGAGAAAACUGCAAGAAAUAAUGAGGAAAACCAGAAACUCGGCCUUAUAAGUGGACCUUGGAAAGUUUGACAAUUAUUCAUUCUAAUGAAAGUUGAGAAAGGGUAUCAACGCUCUUGAUAAUUGUAAGAAUGAAUAAAUAUACAAAGGAAAAUUAAGUCAAAUAAAAAUUUUAACUGAAGAACAAAUAUAUGUAAGCAUUAAUAAAUUGAUGGGUAAUUAAGAGCUACACCAAUGUACUGGAAUAGAGUUUUUGUAGUAAUGCUGUGGUAAAAGAAAACUUUCUGAAACAUUGAUUGCUUGUUUGAAAGUGAUCAUAUGAUAUCUUGCCUAAAAUAGCAUAGUUCGACUUAAUUACAGUAGAUGUUUCCAUGUUCAUAAUACAAAUAUGAAUAUUACUGAAAUUGAUAAUUUUAUCAUCAGAAAGCAUGUUGUAGGUUGGAGCUUGCUAUAGGAAUUACAUGUAAGUGGAGAAAUAUGUCUAGUAUCAAUUGUGAGUUCCAGAAUUUUGCAGAAAGGUUUAUGUUUCUUUUAGAAGAAAUGUUAUUUGAUGUGAUGCCAAAUAAACUUUGAAAUUCACUUACUUUUUAAAAAAAAAGUUUCAUUUAAAUGUAGGAAACCAACGUUAUUGAAGCAACUCUGCUUUUGAAGAUUCAGCCUUUUGAGGAGCAGGCUUUUAAAAUCAUAAUAAAAGAGUAUUCUAGAAAAUUCUGACAUACGGAAAAGUUUCAUGAUAUAUGGAAGUUGGGGUUUAUGAGGCCAUACAUUAUCAGAAUAAAUGGUGGUCUUGUUCUUCUGUAUUUUCCUAGUUCCUCAGGCUUAGAAUGGAAAGAGUGAAUACGUUGAGAUUGUCUGGCCAUGGGAAGGAGAAGAUGCCUGCUCCAAGGGUGCCAGUGCUGGCAGCAAGAUCACUGGAUCUCUUCUCUUCCAGGAGACAUGGAGGUCUAUUUGUGGUUGGAGCUACCUGACUAGAUAAAGAAUAGAUCAGUCUGCUGUGAAAGUACCUCACAUGAAGAAGACUGCCUGAUGGUUUAGUUUGCUCUGAAUGUGUCGUGUCAUCAGAUGAGCCUUUUCAGAAAAUUAAAAACCAAAACCAGUAUUUUCUUGUUUCUGGGUUUUGUUUGGAAUUUUUUGUCCCCUGUCAAUUCAGGAAUAGAUUGAAGAAAACAUGGCCAAUCAACGGGAUUACAUUAGCAGACCUAUUUGCAAUGGAAUUUCUGUUCCUGAAAAUAAAAUCAAUUCCUUAGUGGCUGAAGGUCAUGGACAACAAAUUCUAAAAGUACUACAAAAGUUCAGAGAACAAAAUAUAUUUUUUGAUUUUAAAAUUCGUGUGAAAGAUGAAAUAAUUCCCUGUCAUCGUUGCGUACUGGCAGCAUGCAGUGAUUUUUUCAGAGCCAUGUUUGAAGUUAAUAUGAAAGAACGGGAUGAUGGCAAUGUUACUAUUAGUAACCUAUCACCCAAGGCAGUGAAAGCUUUUCUUGAUUAUGCUUACACAGGAAAAACAGAGAUAACCAAUGAUAAUGUGGAAAUGCUCUUCCAACUGUCGUCAUUUCUUCAAGUUUCACUCCUUUCCAAAGCUUGCAGCGACUUCCUAAUAAAAAGUAUUGAUCUUGUGAAUUGCUUACAGUUGCUUUCUCUAUCAGAAAGUUAUGGGUCUGUCCGCUUGUUUGAUCAUGCUCUAGAUUUUGUACAACACCACUUUUCAUUGCUGCUCAGAUCGAGUGACUUCUUGGAGAUGAAUUUUGAGAUAUUACAAAAAUGUCUCGAGGCUGAUGAACUAGAUGUGCCCGAGGAAGAAUCAGUGUUGAAAGCUGUCCUCCAGUGGACCAAACACAACUUAGAAACACGGCAGAAAUACCUGCCUAAUUUGAUUAAAAAAGUGAGAUUACACCAGUUACCUGAAAAGACUUUGCAGGACUUUCUGCAUUCUGAAGAACACUUACUUAAGAGUGCUAAUUGCUCAGUAAUAAUCAAUGAUGCAGUUAAAAGUGUGCAGAACUUCAGUGGAUUGUUUCCAGAUGCACGUCCUUCAACCACAGAAAAAUAUAUAUUUGUUCAUAAAACUGAUGAAGAUGGAGAAAACAGACAUACGUUCUGCUACAACAUCAAAACAGAUAAAUGGAAAGAACUACCACAUACGCACAUGAUUGAUCUGCCAGGGUCAAGUUUGUCUAGCUAUGGAGAAAAAAUAUUUAUAACUGGAGGAUGCAAGGGUAAUUGUUAUAGGACUGUCAGGCUUCAUAUUGCUGAACCGUUUCAUGAUGCCACUGACCAAACCUGGUGCUACUGCCCAGUCAGCAAUGAAUUCUCCAUAGUGUCAGCUAUGAAAAAACCCAGGACAAUGCACACAUCUGUUGUAACCUUAAAUCAGCUCUUUGUGAUAGGUGGAAAGACCAGAGGAGCUCAAGAAACUCGAAGUCUUUUGGAUGUAGAAUCCUAUAACCCUCUUUCCAAAGACUGGAAAUCUGUAAGCCAGUUACCAAGAGGUAUCUACUAUCCAGAAGCAAGUGCAUGCCAGAAUAUAAUUUAUGUCCUUGGCUCAGAAGUAGAGAUUACUGAUGCCUUUAAUCCAUCCCUUGAUUGUUUCUUUAAGUAUAAUGCUAUGACUGAUCAGUGGUCUGAGCUUGUAGCAGAAUUUGGGCAGUUUUUUCAUGCAACUCUAAUCAAAGCUGUUCCAGUGAACUGUACAUUGUACAUAUGUGAUCUCUCCACCUACAAGGUUUACAGUUUUUGCCCAGAAACCUGUGUUUGGAAAGGGGAAGGAUCUUUUGAAUGUGCUGGCUUUAAUGCAGGGGCAGUUGGGACAGAAGACAAAAUUUAUAUACUAGGUGGUGAUUAUGCUCCAGAAGAAAUCACAGAUGAAGUUCAAGUCUACCACAGUAGUAGGUCUGAGUGGGAAGAAGUUUCACCAAUGCCAAGAGCCUUAACUGAGUUUUAUUGUCAGGUCAUUCAGUUUAAUAAAUAUAGAGACCCCUGGUCACCUGUGCUGACGAUUUGCUCUGGAGAAUUUUGAAACUCCGAAGUCAAAAAGAGUCUAUUUAAAUGCACAACUUGUAGAACAGUUUUUAAGUAUUAGUUUACGGAUAGAGAAAUAUGUACUCAUUUGUUUAAAUUCUCAGUUUAGAUUAAAUGCUGUAGGAUUGCUUUUGGAAGACUCCAUUAAAAUGUCAUUCGUGCUAGUCGUUAUACAGACAGUAUUGUAUACUUAAUUUUAUAUACUACUCUUCUCUGUAAUUAUCAGAAUAAUUUUGAAAAUUAUAUUAAUUUUCCAAAAAAAAUAUGCAUGAGGAAUUAGUUGUGUAAUAUGUGUAAUUAUUUCUGUAAUAUUCACAGUUGUCCCAACAGACAAAUUGUUAAAUGAAAAAACUGGCUGUGAUACUGUUUUCCCUAUGUAACUGAAGUUUAAAAGACAUUUUCAUUAUUGUUAUUUAGAUUUUCUAUGUUCAUAAACCUGUAAGAGGAAUUCAUUGUCAGCUUUAUCUUAUACAAUGACCUUAGCAAGGACAAAGAGCCAAAGUGACCUUCACAGUAUUAAAACCAGGUAUCUAACUUGAAGAGACUGAUAAUUCUUGUCAUCUUACUUCAGCUCUUCAGUUUUACCAGUUUUUCUCCAUCCUUGUGCCUUAGUAGUAGCUUUAUUUUCUGUUUCCAUGCCAUUAACUGUGGCAACGUAAACUUCAAUAAUAUACUGCAGGGCAGGUAAGAUUUCUACAGGAGAGAUGAUUCAUGUGAUAUCUUUGCUUCAGUCAUGUUGCUAACUAAAGAAAAAACACUUCAGGAUGUUUUCUAACAGAAGUCUUCAUCUCUGAAGUCUUCAGCGCUACCUACUAAGCAGUCACUAGGCUGCUUAUAGCAGCAAGCUGUAAACUGAAUCGUAGCUGUUGCUUCUGUUAACUAUGGGAAAAGUUUGUAUCUUGUCAUACAUCAAAUACAAAGUUACAAAACUACACCCCCAUAUUAAAAGUCAAUAGUAUUUCUGAGGUGAGAAAUCAUCUCUUGUGGUUUAAAUUAAUUAAAACACUUUAUCUUGAACUUCAUUGUAUUGUUAGAUGUUAAAAUAUUACACAGUAAACACUACAUAUUGCUUGAUAAACUUUUAAGUAGUCAGCUAUGAUAAUGUUAAAAUUGUAAUGGACUUUUACUACUAAUAUUAGUCUAGCCAUAUGUUCUGAAGUAGAUUUGAUCUCAUGCUUACAAAGUCAGUCUUCUUUCUGACAGGAGGACACUGAAAUUAGCUAGGUUUCAUAAAUUAAUUUGUAAUCUUCCACAGCCUGAGAAUUUCCUAUCUUUCCAGGUAUCCAGAUAAGACACUGAGAGUCCUUACGUUCCAUAGAAGUAUUGUGAAAGCAGUAAGGUUGUCUUCUGCCAGACAGAAUAAUGGUUCUAAACAUUUAUUCACAUCUUUUCAAGCAGUUUAAAUAAUAAAUAAAAUUUAGCGAGGCAUCAGAGACAUCUUUCGUAUGUCUUGAGACAACUGUGGUAAGUUCAUUAUCACAUCACUACUGCAUGUACUUUUGUAAAACCCAAGAAUAUUAAUAUUAAUGCUUAAAGCUUAAUAUUGCCUAGAACAGGCUUCUGUUUUAAACAGUAAACAAUGGAAGGUUCUGAUUCUGUGACUGACUCUGUAAUUUGUUAUCAGAUACCUUUAAAAAUCUAGAUAACAUUCAUCAUAACAAUUUUCAUGAGCAUGUAAAAUAAAAUCAUGUACAUUUGGAAUAGAGCAGGACCCUUCCACUCAGUAAUUUCUGUAUAUUAAUAUGUGUGUCAGUUCUGUAGAAGUAAAUAGCUUGCUACAAUAUUUCAGGCAACUUCCACAUAAAUGUUUUUUUUUUUCAUAAUAAGUCUCCAAAUCAUAUUUUAACUAAAUGUAGCUAGGUAACCUCUACAAUCACCUUGCAGAAAUGCAAGUAUUUUUAUAUUGGGACACAACUACUUUUUGUUAGUGCAAAGCAAAUGUAUUGAGUAGAGAGAGGAAGAAUACUAUUCCUACUUACUGAAACAAUAGGAAAAAACCAAACACAUAGGAAAAUGGUAGGUUUGGUUUUAAUGAAUCUACUGAGGGUAGCAUAGAGACUUCAUUAACCAUUAAUUAUUGCAACUUGACACAUCAUUGGAAUACAAGGCCAAAUUCACCUUUGCUUUUGUAUUUGUGUUGUGUUUAUACCUGAGUAAUAUGAGUAUACAAUUUAUGCAUUAAGAAAAGUAACCUAUUACGCCCGUAGUACAUGGGCAUAAAUAGCUAUGCAAAUUGGAAGAUAUCAGAGAAUUGCAAGGGUGUUUUAAUUGCCACUGUCAUGGCCAGAUUGCUGGAUCACAUAAACAGCAAGCGAGUCAUUCAGGUGAUGCUCUUUCCUCUAAGUUUUUCCCUACAGCAGAUCUUUUUGGCAGUCUUCUACCCAGCUAUUUGCUAUAAGACUCUUGCAUCUGAUAUUAGACAGAGCAAUGAUGUAUGUGAGAAAUUCCUCAGUACAGAGGAAGUAUAGACAGUGAAAACUGACUGAAGCUGCAUUGGGAAAAUAGACAUGCUUCUUUAAUAUUCUACACUAUACUUGUGCAGGAACUACUGUCAGUUCCCAGUUUGACAAAUCAUUCAUGGAUUUCACAGGGAGUGGAGUUCUUACUCAGUGAUCAGGAAAUAAUGUAGUAAUGUCAGUUACUUUCCAGCACUGCUUACAGAAAAGUUACUGUGAAAUGGUACUGAUUUUCUGCAGUUAGGCAGGUAAACCUGUACUACAGCUCUCACAGAAGGAAAAAGGAUCAUUUGCCACAUUUCCACAUACAAAGUAUUAAAUCUGGUAGCAGAACUGCAUGCAGAAGAAGCAGAAGUGUUAGAAAGUCAUAUUUAAAAACAAGGCUUUAUCGUAGAAGAAAGGACUUAUGUUCCAAACCCUGUGAUUAAUUGUUAAAGAUGUAAGAAAACUCAGUGAACUACACAAAAAAUUAUUAAUUACUUGCAUGAGUAACUGUUGUAGUCUGGAUCAAACAGAUUUUUCAGUCUACAGAGCAUUUAUGCAAACAAAAGUCACAAAAUUAAUGCAAAGUGAGUUUUUAAAUAUCUUUUUAUGACUUUUCAAAGCUCUUUGAAUCAAAGCUUUAUGAAAAAGUACCUUCCUCUAAAAAUAGUAACUAGAUAACGAUUACAUAUGUUCUCACUGAAAUAGUGAUGUUUAAACAUACAAAAUGCAUGUAAAAUUAUAAUCUACUAUUUGCACUUAAAUGAUGUAACCAAAACAUUUCUAAUAGUAUUCUAUUUUAUGUCACAGAAUACAUUAUAAGCAUGACCAGUAUAAUAUACACAAAGAUAAUAUAUAUUGUAUGUGGGAUUUUAAUAUCCAGUGAUGAUUAUAUUGGAUAAUCCUAAUUUUUAAAGAAUGCUAUCAAAACAUUAUGGCACUUUGGUAAUGUUAUCAGACUGCUUUAGUUGUUAUAAUAAAUAUCAAUUAUUCAGGUGUUUUAUUUAUUAUGUUUGCACAUACCUGAUGAUUAUUAUUUAAGGACUAAUUAAUUUGUUUUCUAUAUUCUAAAUACAUUUGUAGUAAGUCAGUUUACUGCUGUUAAAAAUUGUUAUAUUCACAAAAUGGAGUAGAUUUUUCUGGGUCAGAUUUAUUUAUGGUAUUACUCUGUGAAGAAAAUUGUUUACCUUCUCUGGUUAGUAUAGGGUAGUAGGUAAGGUAUAGGCUAUAGAAUAUGCUGACUGCAGUUCCUAAUGAGGAGAUUAAUUUUAGAUGUUUCUGUUUGUAGGUGACCAACAGGAGGCAGCAUAAGCUCUAUUUUAAUUAAAACAGACUGAAAACAGGGAUGUAUUUGACAGUAUUUAUAGUUGAACAUUAUGCUCAAUUUACUUUUUUCCUUCUAACACCCAGUGAAGCAUAGAGAACAGUAACAUUUCGCUGCUGCCUGGGCUCUGCUGAUAUGUGGAAAGUACAAUACUACACAUUUGCUGAGAUGUUCAUUCUUUUGUGAAAUAAAGCACUGAGCAACUGAA